AUGUCAUCCUACGCCUUUCCUACUCCCAUGGACAACAUCUCAGCCGACUCCAUCAUCCGUGCCUACUGUGUCAUUAAGACAGCAGAGGACACGACAUUGCCUGCACGCGACACCCUGGCCCGCAAACUCCUCACUCUCUCUUUCAUGUUUGCCGACUUCGCCUGCGACAUCGCAUCCUCCCCGUCACUCUCCCCCGAAGAAUAUCGUGAUAUACACACCUCUUCCACAAAAGCAAUGGAAGGCUUCACCAGUUUCUUCAUCGCUGCUUUGACAGAGCUUGAAGAAAGCCUCGACUCCGAGUCACCACCCAGCACUCCCAUGGCGGCCGUCCCCGACCUGUCUCAGCACCAAACGAGCAUUGGAGAAGAACACCAUCAGCUUGUCAACCUCAUCGAAGAACGACUGAAGCAGCUCCUGGAACCAUCUUCUCAUCAAGCUCUCAUUGACUCUCUAGCCACCUCUCUUUCUGCACGCUUGUCUGGUCCACUCGCCAUGGCAGUAGCUGAAGCUCUCAAGCCACCGCCGAAGAUUCCUGGCGACCAAGACGUACCCGUGGCGGAAAGUUCCUUCUCGCAAUCACAGGAAUCUCCGCAGCCACGCCAAAGAAUGCCCUGGGAGGAGGAGUGGGAGAUCUGUGGUCUAUCUGGCUUUCCGGGACAGCCGAAGAAAUGGCAGAAGGGUCGCGUUUUGAAGGCUGAGGUGAGCCCCUUUGGCAGGGUGAAUCGAAACAAAAGCGAGGUUGAGUGCUUGCAGUGCAGGCUUGUGGAGGAACACGCAGACCGGGACUGA